GAAGUGAGCUGGCGCGCGGCGUCGGGGCGCGGCUGCGGCGCGGGGAGUUUGGAUCGUGGUUCCGCCCGCUUCGAGACUGUGGGAGAGGAUCAUGGCUGCUGUUCCUCAGAAUAAUCUACAGGAGCAACUGGAACGUCAUUCAGCCAGAAAACUUAAUAAUAGAUUAAGUACUUCAAAACCAAAAUCUUCAGGUUUCACUUUUAAAAAGAAAGUAUCUUCAGCCAACAAUGUAUCUGUAACUAGUGUGUCAGUAGCAAAAGCUCCUGUGUUGAAUGAUAAAGAUGUUAAUAUUACUGAGGCCUUUUCCUUCAGUGAACCUUUUCCCCACACCACAAAUCAGCAGACAAAGAUCAAUGACUUUAAAAAUACUCCAGCUGGACAGCAAACUAAGAGAGUUGGUUCAAAACCAUUAUUGCCAAAUUUGUCACAGGUUCCUCAGGAAGUUUUAUGCACUACCCAGAACACACUGGUUGUAAAGGAAUCCUGCGAUGCUACUUUCAAGAAAUUAGAAUUUAGUUCUUCAUCAGAUUCUCUUAUUACCUUCAAUGAUUGGGAUGAUAUGGAUGACUUUGAUACUUCUGGAGAUUCAAAAGCAUUUGUGACACCACGCCAAAACCACUUCAUAAGAGUAAGCACUGCUCAGAAAUCAAAAAAGUCUAAGAGGAACUUUCUAAAAGCACACCUUGAUAAAACAAAUACAGUAAAGACUGAUUUGACUCCUUCCUCCUCUGAGAGCAAGCAGGCAUAUUUGACUAAGAAACAGAAGGAUGACUCAGAAUGGUUAAAUAGUGAUGUGAUUUGCAUUGAUGAUGACCCCAAUUCCGAAGAGCUUAUAAAUGAAGAUACUCAGGAAAAUCACCCUUUAAAAACUCAUUUGGGAGAGGAAAGAGAUAAUUGUGAAAAGAAGAAAAACUUGGAAGAAAUGGAAUUACAUUCAGUUGAGAAAUCUUCAUGUGUUGAGCUUGAUGAAGAUGAUUAUGACAUAGAUUUUGUUCCACCUUCUCCAGAAGAAGGAAUGACUUCAACCUCUUCAUCCUCUUUAAAAUGCUCUAGUGUGUUGAAGGAUCUUGACACCUCUGACAGCAAGGAUGGUCUUAGCACAUCAGAAGACUUGUCAAAAUCGGAGAAAAUGACUACACAGCAGCCUAAUCAAGAAACCAGCACAAGCUAUGAUGCUCGACAGAUAAGUUUACAGCAACAACUUAUUCAUGUGAUGGACCGUAUCUGUAAAAUAGUUGACACUAUUCCUGAUGACAAGCUGAAAACUUUGGAUUGUGGGAACGGACUGCUCCAGCAGCGGGACAUAAGAAGGAAACUCCUAGCUGAAGCAGAUUUUAAUACGAGUGAUGCCAGUGUUCUUGGCUCAUUGUGGAGAUGCAGGCCUGAUUCACUUGGUAGUUCUGUGGAGGAUAUGGCAUCUGUUUCCCCACCUUGUGCAUUUCCAAAGGGUGAUGAUUUCUGCCCUACAGGGAAUUCUGUUAAGGAGGUCACUUUUCCAAACCUUCCUUCAAAUUCCAUUUCUACUGGGGAGUGUUUACUGACUCCUACCCCAGGAAAGACAGGAUUCUCAGCCACCACCAAGAAUCUCUUUGAAAGACCGUUAUUCAAUUCCCAUUUACAGGAGUCCUUUGUAAGUAGCAACUGGGCUGAAACACCAAGGGUAGAAAAAAGAAAUGAAAGCUCUUAUUUCCCAGGAAAUGUUCUCACAAGCACUGCUGUGAAAGAUCAGAAUAAACACACUACCUCUAUGAAUGACUUGGAAAGAGAAAUCCAGGCUUCCUAUGAUAUUGACAAUUUUGACAUAGAUGACUUUGAUGAUGAUGAUGAUGACUGGGAAAAUGUGAUGCAUAAUUUAGCAGCCAGCAAGUCUUCCACAGCUGCCCAUCAGCCUAUUAAGGAAGGUCGGCCAGUUAAAUCAGUAUCAGAAAGAAUUUCUUCUUCAGCCAAGACAGACUGUCUUCUGGCAUCUACUGCUCAGAAUAAAAACUUCUCAGAGUCAAUUCAGAAUUACACUGACAAGUCGGAGCAAAAUUUAGCAUCCAGAGAUCUGAAACACGAGCGUUUCCAAAGUCUUAAUUUUCCUCAUACAAAAGAAAUGAUGAAGAUUUUUCAUAAAAAAUUUGGCCUGCAUAAUUUUAGAACUAAUCAGCUAGAGGCGAUCAAUGCUGCACUACUUGGUGAAGACUGUUUUAUCUUAAUGCCCACUGGAGGUGGUAAAAGCUUGUGUUACCAGCUCCCUGCCUGUGUUUCUCCCGGGGUCACUAUUGUCAUUUCUCCCUUGAGAUCACUUAUAGUAGAUCAAGUCCAAAAGCUGACUUCCUUGGAUAUUCCGGCUACAUAUCUGACAGGUGAUAAGACUGACUCAGAAGCUACAAGUAUUUACCUCCAGUUAUCAAAAAAAGACCCGAUUAUAAAACUUCUUUAUGUUACUCCAGAGAAGGUCUGUGCAAGUAACAGACUGAUUUCUACUCUGGAGAAUCUGUAUGAGAGGAAGCUCUUGGCACGUUUUGUUAUUGAUGAAGCACAUUGUGUCAGUCAGUGGGGACAUGAUUUUCGUCCAGAUUACAAAAGAAUGAAUAUGCUUCGCCAGAAGUUUCCCUCUGUUCCAGUGAUGGCUCUUACUGCCACAGCUAAUCCCAGGGUACAGAAGGACAUCCUCACUCAGCUGAAGAUUCUUAGACCUCAGGUGUUUAGCAUGAGCUUCAACAGACAUAAUCUAAAAUACUACGUGUUACCCAAAAAACCAAAAAAGGUGGCAUUUGAUUGCUUAGAAUGGAUCAGAAAGCAUCACCCAUAUGACUCAGGGAUAAUUUACUGCCUCUCCAGGCGAGAAUGUGACACAGUGGCUGAUACAUUACAGAAAGAUGGUCUCGCUGCUCUGGCGUAUCAUGCUGGCCUCAGUGACUCUGCCAGAGAUGAAGUACAGCACAAGUGGAUUAAUCAGGAUGGCUGCCAGGUUAUCUGUGCGACGAUUGCGUUUGGAAUGGGGAUUGACAAACCUGAUGUGCGAUUUGUGAUCCAUGCAUCCCUCCCUAAAUCCAUGGAAGGUUACUACCAAGAAUCCGGCAGAGCUGGAAGAGAUGGGGAAAUCUCUCACUGCCUGCUCUUCUAUACCUACCACGAUGUGACCAGACUGAAGAGGCUUAUACUAAUGGAAAAAGAUGGAAACCAUCAUACGAAAGAGACUCACUUCAAUAAUUUGUAUAGUAUGGUACAUUACUGCGAAAAUAUAACAGAAUGCAGGAGAAUACAGCUUUUGGCUUACUUUGGCGAAAAUGGAUUUAAUCCUUAUUUUUGUAAGAAAUACCCAGAUGUUUCUUGUGAUAAUUGCUGUAAAACAAAGGAUUAUAAGACAAGAGAUGUGACUGAUGAUGUAAAGAAUAUUGUAAGAUUUGUUCAAGAACACAGUUCAUCACAAGGAACAAGAAAUAUAAAACAUGUAGGUCCUUCUGGGAGAUUUACUAUGAAUAUGCUGGUCGACAUUUUCUUGGGGAGUAAGAGUGCAAAAAUUCAGUCAGGAAUAUUUGGAAAGGGAUCUGCUUAUUCAAGACACAAUGCUGAAAGACUUUUUAAAAAGCUGAUACUUGACAGGAUUUUGGAUGAAGACUUAUAUAUCAAUGCCAAUGAUCAACCAAUUGCAUAUGUGAUGCCUGGAAAUAAAGCCCAACAUGUACUAAAUGGGCAUUUAAAGGUAGACUUUAUGGAAACGGAAAAUUACAGCAGUGUGAAAAAACAAAAAGCUUUCGUGGCAAAGGUAUCUCAGAGGGAAGAGAUGGUUAAGAAAUGUCUUGGAGAGCUUACGGAAGUCUGCAAAUCUCUGGGAAAAGUUUUUGGUGUCCAUUACUUUAAUAUUUUUAAUACUGUCACUCUCAAGAAGCUUGCAGAAUCUUUAUCGUCUGAUCCUGAGGUUUUGCUUCAAAUUGAUGGUGUUACUGAAGACAAACUGGAAAAAUAUGGUGCAGAAGUGAUUCCAAUAUUACAGAAAUAUUCUGAGUGGACAUUGCCAGCUGAGGACGAUUCCUCACGGAGAAGCCCCUCCAGCAGCAGAGGCACUGGAAGAAAUGCCCCUGAAGAGCUGGAUGAGGAAACACCCAUAUCUUCUCACUACUUUGCAAAUAAAACCAAAAAUGAAAGAAAGAGGAAAAGAAUGCCAGCCUCCCAAAGGUCUAAGAGGAGAAAAACUGGUUUCGGUGGUUCCAAGACAAAAGGCAUAGACCCCCCUAUGUUUGUGUUGUCUGUUGCAUAUAUCUGUGCAGAAAUUGACUGGCAAAUAAACUGGAUGUAGUCCUCACUCAGCUCAGCCAUUCUCAACCUGAUCCUUUUUUUGAAAUUGCUCUCUCAAAUAAAGAAGCCACCACCCGAGAGGGCAGUCCUGGAGAGGAUGACUUCACCCCGUCUGCACUGGGCACCUGAGAGCAUUGGGAUGCUGUCUAUGAGAAGGAGCUGCAAACUUUCCAAGAAUAUGGAGAUACCAGAGAAAUCUGGUUAUGGCUUGACUAAUAAGGUGGAGGCAGAAACACAAGAUUCCAUUGGAUGCAUCAGUGCUUGAUACUGGAAUGGGAAUGGCGUUUUACUGGCUGAACUUGUUGGUCUGAUAGAGAAGGAAAUGAGGGAAACUGGGAGAAAAUGAAGAUCUUGAAGAAUAUGGCUUGAGAUCACUAAAAGAAUAGGAGGCAAAAUUUGGUUUCUCUAAUAUUUCUGAAAUUGAUUACUCUCCUUCUGCAAUACAGCUUUCUGGAAGUAUUAUAGAGAAAAAAGGUUUAUCUAACAUUAUGUUGAACGUAGAAGACUUUUGGGGGCUUCCCUGGUGGCGCAGUGGUUAAAAAUCCACCUGCCAAUGCAGGAGACACGGGUUCGAGCCCUGGUCCAGGAAGAUCCUACAUGCUGCUGAGCAACUAAGCCCGUGCGCCACAACUACUGAGCCUGUGCUCUAGAGCCCGAGAGCCACAACUACUGAACCCGCAUGCCACGACUACUGAAGCCCAUGCGCCUAGAGCCCAUGCUCCACAACAGGAGAAGGCACUGCAAUGACAAGCUUGCACACCACAACGAAGAGUGGCCCCCACUCGCCGCAACUAGAGAAAAGCCCGCGUGCAGCAAUGAAGACCCAAUGCAACCAAAAAUUAAUUAAUUAAUUAAUUUUUUUUUAAAGUUAUAAAAAAAAGAAGACUUUUUGAAUCCUUCCACAAAGCUGUCUGGAUUUCAUAUUUAUAUUGACAAAGGAACUUUUGAUGCCAUAAGCCUUAAUCCUGACAAUGCAAUUGAGAAGAGGAAGCAACAUAUGAAAUCUCUCUCCAGGGUGAGAGAAUAAACCUGACACAGAAAAUGCAAGUGCAAGUAAAUGUUUAAUUUCUGGGAGAAGGGCCACGACUUUCUUCAGAUGGUCAAAGAGGCCAGCACCCCUAAAAAGUUA